GAGCAGCUGCGGGGACGCCAGUUGAGCCGAGGGACGCGUACCUGCCGCUUGCCGGCCGCCCCGUGCACCUGGCUGCAAAGGAGGAGUUGCAAAGCGAGUGCGCCAGUCCCGGUACAGUCUUCGCGCUGAACGUGGAGGGCGCCUCAGCGACUCCUUAACUGUCCCCUUGCUCGUGCCUCCAGCCCAGCCAGAGAAAGGGGCGAUAACCUCGGUUGUAGUUACCGAAGAGGAUCGCACCGGGACCGGAGAGUUCGAAAAUGCCCCGCGCGUUCCUUGUGAAGAAGCCGUGCAUCUCCACGUGCAAGAGGAACUGGAGCGAGCUCCCGGACGAGGAGCGCGGCGAGAUCUACGUGCCAGUCAGCUUGGGCUUCUGCCCACCACAGCCCUAUCGAGAGCCAGAGCCAUCAGUGGCUGAACCUCCUUCUUGCUCCCUGGCUCUGGACAUGAGCCUUCGGGACUCCAGCUAUGGUGUGGCCCCAGGACCCUGUGUGGUGGCUCAGCUACCUUCUGAAGAUGUGGGCCGCCUGACAGAUGCCCAAAGCAGAGACCAGGGCUUCCUGCGCACCAAGAUGAAGGUGACUGCAGGGGAUAGUUCCAGUGGAGACCUCUUCACCUGCCACAUCUGUCAGAAGGCCUUCACCUACCAGCGCAUGCUGAAUCGCCAUAUGAAGUGUCACAACGACGUCAAGAGGCACCUCUGCACAUAUUGCGGGAAGGGCUUCAAUGACACAUUUGACCUCAAAAGACAUGUCCGGACCCACACAGGCGUGCGGCCCUACAAGUGUAGCCUGUGUGACAAGGCCUUCACCCAGCGCUGCUCCCUGGAGUCUCACCUCAAGAAGAUCCAUGGAGUGCAGCAGAAAUAUGCAUACAAGGAGCGCCGGGCCAAGCUGUACGUGUGCGAGGAGUGCGGCUGUACAUCCGAGAGCCAGGAGGGCCACGUUCUGCACCUGAAGGAACACCACCCUGAUAGCCCAUUGCUGCGCAAGACCUCCAAGAAGGUGGCUGUGGCCCUGCAGAACACUGUCACUUCCCUACUCCAGGGAAGCCCACACCUCUGAGUGGCACAGCCCAGGAGUUUUGGAGGCCCUGAGAAGGUCCAGGUUCACCACACUGCUGCCCAACCAGUCCACCCUCCUCCAGACUCUUGCCAAAACACCUCUGAUCAGGACUGGACCUCCCCUUCCCCACAUGCCUUAGUCUCCCCUAUCGGCCCACUGGGGAGACUUCCGAAGGCCUGGCUCUGACCUAUGCUCAUUUCUGUACAUUUAUCUUAGGGGCAGAGGCUGUUCUGGGCACAGGAAGAUGUGCAUGGGUCUGGACAGGAGCAGGGCCAAGUGAUUUGAAGCAGCCACCUGCAUAAACAGGUUCCCUUGGCAGCAACACUUCUGGGGGAUGUAGCAAGAUGGAACCUGUUGCCCUUGCCCCUGAGCACCGGGUAGGGGCUUUGGGUCCCCAAGGACAAUGAGCCAAGAGCAUUGGCAAAGAGCACCCCUGGAAACAACUACAGUGGGGAGCUGACAGUGGCCCCUACCUGCAGGGCUUGGGCAGAGGACUCUGCCCUUCCAACAGGCACAUGUGUAGGCGCAGAUGUGUAUGUGUAGCACUGCUCAGUGUGCGCUAGCACAUGUGUGCAGCAGGUGUGUGCGUGGGUGCACACAGGAAGCCUUUCUACAUAUCACCUCAUUUUUAAGAAAUCAACCAUAAGGUGCCAAGGAAAUUUUGUUUCCUUUU